CCCCCUCCUUUCUAGCCAAGUCAUCGGACCUAGAGGACGCGGUAGCAUCUCCUGCCUUCCACUGGCAGUAAGGCUCCCCCUGCUGCGACGUUCUCACAUCCUGGUUUACGCCCCUUCUGAAUUGGAACCAUGGCGGAGAAACCUACGUCGGACACGAUCGAGCCCAAGGGCGGCGAGGGUAAUUAUUUAGAAGCCGGUGUUAGCACCACCGAGAACGUAGAUCUCAACAUCAACCUGGAAGCGAGGAUCAAGAACCCGCUCAAGGGAAUCCCCCGCGACCAGCUUAUGCGCGAUGUCGAGACCUUCGCGCAGGAGAAGAACCUCACCGAGCACCUCCCGCUCCUGCGCCGGGGCGCGCUCGUCGCCCAGAACCCCCACGAUUUCGAGGACCAGGACGGCGAGGAUGCCCUCGACGAGGCGGAGAAGGUGGCCCUCCGGAACGAGAUCCAGCACAAGUGGCGCAUGCCCCCGCGCCUGUUCCUGACCAUCGCGACCUGCUCCAUCGGCGCGGCCGUCCAGGGUUGGGAUCAGACGGGAACGAACGGCGCCAACAUCUUCUUCCCCGCGUAUUACGGUAUCGCCGGCUCGAGCGUGAGGGAGAGAAUUUUGGUCGGCUUGGUUAACGCGGGCCCCUACAUCGGGAGUGCUCUCAUCGGCUGCUGGCUCUCGGACCCUGUCAACAACUGGAUUGGUCGUCGAGGUGUUAUUUUCGUUUCUGCUCAUUUCUGUCUCUGGCCUGUCAUCGGUUCUGCCUUCUGCGAAAGCUGGGGACAACAACUCGCCUGCAGAUUGCUUAUGGGCAUCGGAAUGGGUAUCAAGGCUUCAACAGUGCCGAUCUACGCCGCCGAAAACUCUCCAGCCGCAGUCCGAGGCGCCCUGGUGAUGUCCUGGCAGAUGUGGACCGCGUUCGGCAUCCUCCUGGGGACGGCGAUCAACCUGGCGGUGUUCGAGCACGAGCACAACUGGCGGCUGAUGCUGGGCGCGCCCUUCAUCCCGGCCGUGCCGCUGAUCUUCCUGAUCUACCUGUGCCCGGAGUCGCCGCGCUGGUACAUGAAGAAGAACCGCUACGUCGACGCGUGGAACUCGAUGAUCAAGCUGCGCAGCAACCCGAUCCAGGUCGCCCGCGACAUAUACUACAUCCACGCGCAGCUGGCGAUCGAGCACCAGAUCCUGAGCCAGACCAACUACGUGACGCGCACCGUGCAGCUGUUCACGGUCCCGCGCGUGCGCCGCGCCACCAUCGCCGCGCUCACCGUCAUGAUCGCCCAGCAGAUGUGCGGCAUCAACAUCAUCGCCUUCUACUCGACCACCGUCUUCGUCGAGGCCGGGUACUCGCAGUUCCUCGCCAUGAUCUGCUCCUUCGGCUUCGGCCUCGUCAACUGGCUCUUCGCUUUCCCCGCCUUCUGGACCAUCGACACCUUCGGCCGCCGCUCCCUCCUGCUCUUCACCUUCCCGCAGAUGAUGUGGACGCUGCUCGCUGCCGGCCUGUGCACGCUGAUGCCGCGGUCGGACGCGCGCACGGGCCUGGUCGCGCUCUUCGUCUUCCUCUUCGCCGUCUUCUACUCGCCCGGCGAGGGCCCCGUGCCCUUCACGUACAGCGCCGAGGUGUUCCCGCUGUCGCACCGCGAGGUCGGCAUGGGCCUCGCCGUCGCGACCUGCCUGUUCUGGGCCGCGGUGCUGAGCGUCACGUUCCCGUUCCUGCUCGACCGCCUGCACACCGUCGGCGCGUUCGGCCUCUACGCCGGCUUCAACCUCGUCGCCUUCGUGCUCAUCUUCUUCCUCGUCCCCGAGACCAAGCAGCGCACCCUCGAGGAGCUCGACUACGUCUUCGCCGUCCCCAACCGCAAAUUCGCCGCCUACCAGGUCACCAAGGCCCUCCCCUGGUGGGUCAAGCGCUGGGUCCUGUUCAACCGCAACGCCAAGCUCGAGCCCCUCUACCACCGCGACGACGAGGGCGAGGACCGCCCGCUCCAUGUGAGCGAGAAGACCGUCUCGUGAGCCGGAUCGGCAGCCACACACACACACACACACUCGGUGUUAUUUCCAAUGAAUCGGGUGGUCUAGCGCGCGUGGCCCCAUGUGUUCAAUCGGGAGGGUGGCGCGGUUCUGGCAGGGAGAAG